AUGGACUUCAUAGAUUCAGCCAAGGCCGAGGAGGCUCAGCACAGCGAGCUCUCUUCUGACACGGAGCAAGAAACUCUGGAUAUUCCUAUGAAUUGGCCAUGGCUCCGCAAACAUCUGAUCUUGCUGCAAUCUGGGUUUCAUGCUGCCGGUCCAGGCUUCACCAGUGCCCUCCCCAUCCCUGCAAUACACGAAAUGGCAGCACAGUUUGAUGUAACCCCUCAAACGGCGACAUAUCUCGUCGGAGUCCAUGUCCUCUUCCUGGGCGUGGCACCCUUUUUCUGGAACCCAUUGAUGAGCUCGUACGGUCGUCGGCCGGUGCUAAUCGCGAGUAUGCUGCUAUCUUGCAUUGCUGCUUUGGGCGGGGGUUUCGCGAAGACAUAUGGCUCUUUGAUGGCGGCAAGAGUGUUUCAGUCAAUCGGUAUAUCAUCCGGAUUUGUUGUUCCUGGGGUCAUCGUUGUCGAACUUUUCAGCGCUGAAGAACGCGGGAGUAAGAACGGUAUUUGGACACAGAUGGUGGCUAUAGGCGCACCGUUGGGUGGACUUAUCGGUGGGCCUGUGGUCUAUUAUCUAGGCUGGCAGUGGACUCUCUGGCUGGUCGCUAUCGUGAACGCUGUUCAGUUACUAGGCUUCAUCUUUACCUGUCCAGAGACCUCGUACCAACAUCGACAGAACUCGGGACUUGGUGCAUAUCGCCCUUCGGAAUUGAUGCGUCUCCCAAAACCACUUCCCAAUCAACUAAGCAUACGGUCCCUCAUCGAGCCCAUUCUCCUGCUACAAUCUCCGCACCUGGCCCUGAUUGCAUUUGCCUACGGAGUCACCUUCGCAAUCACAUCUCCAGGUAUUGCUGUCAUCUUACCCCUGGCACUGAAAAAGUUCUACGGGUUCGAUGCCACUGCUCAGGGCCUAUUCUUCCUUGGACCUCUAGUUGGUGUCUUGUUGGGCGAAAGGUUGGCCGGUCCAGGAAGUGACUGGGCCAUGAACCGGGAACGGCGCCGGGCUAACCGUGCCAACGACCGAGAACGCCUGGAAUCCCGGCUCUUCGUCGGCCUUCCUGGCUAUGUCAUGGCAAUCGCGGGCGUGGUGAUAUUUGGCGUUACGCUGCAAAGCCGCACCCACUGGAUCGCACCUUGCAUUGGAUUCGGCAUAUCUAAUUUCGGGUUACAGUUGGUUACAACACCACUCAAGACAUACUGUGUCGACUGCUACUCCUCACACUCGCCCUCAGUGCUCCAGUUGAUUAAUGUCAUCCGCCAGACUGUCUCCUUCACUGUGCCUUUCUGGAGCCCAAACCUGAAUGAGGCUGUUGGCUAUGGACUAGGCUUUGGCAUUGACGCCAUCAUUCUAGCAGUCUUUUAUCUAGGCAGCUUGUUAGUCCUUUGGAAAGGCGCUGCCUGGAGGCAAUCCGUCAAGGUUAAGGGCCUGGUGGAAGAUAGCUAG